AUGGGGAGCCUCCUGCUGGACCGGCUGCUCAGCCAUGCCGCCGCUGGACCCAGCGUGGCAUGCGGUGCAGACCACGGGCCCCAGCAGCGUGUCAGGGCCUCCCCUCGAGGCCCGGGACGCACCCUGGCCUUCUCGGGCGCCGCCUGGCAGCGCGGCAGCAGCCUGGGCACCCCCCCACGUCAGGUGGCCAGCCGCGGGCGGGCGCGGCGGAGAGGCAGCGGCGGCGGCGGCUUGGCGGUCACGACCACGUGCCAGGCGCUGCAGGUGGCAGACUACUCGUUUUACCAGCGGCUGCGGGAGGGGGAGCUGACUGAGGACUACCUGUGGGAGACGCGGCUGCUGCCGCUGCUGGGCUACCUGUCGGCGGCGGAGGCCACGGCUGUGCGGGAGGCGCUCAGCCUGGCGUACGACGCACACUCGGGGCAGCGGCGCAAGAGCGGCGAGCCCUUCAUCACGCACCCCGUGGAGGUGACCCGCAUACUGGCGGAGCUGCGCAUGGACUAUGAGAGCCUGGUAGCGGGCCUGCUGCACGACACUGUGGAGGACUGCGGGGACGUGGUGCGCAUCAUCGUGGUCAAGCUGGCGGACCGGCUGCACAACAUGCGCACCAUGGCGUCCAUGCCGCCCUCCAAGCAGCGCCGCAUCGCGCAGGAGACGCUGCAGGUGUUGUUCUGCCCUUGUAUCAUGCACGCGAAUUGGCGCUCAGCACAGGGCAGCGUAGGCCUGGGUGUAACCAUACGGGUGGUGCCCACCGGGCUGGACCUGGCCUCGGCGCUGCAGAACGGCGCGGUACUGCCCGCGGUACGCCGCAAGUCGGGCGUGCAGCUGCUGUUCCCCAUCGAGGUCCAGAUCCGCACCGAGGCGAUGAACCGGCUGGCGGAGAACGGCAUCGCGGUGGAGAGCUGGUCCUGCGCCGACCGCAGCUGGCGGGCGGCCAGCGGGGAGGACGGCAUCGGCACCCUCGACUCCUGGUUCACAGCCACCAGCGAGAGCAACGGCUCCGGCAGCAGCAGCGGCAGCAGCGGCGACGAGUGGGAGGCGGGCGGCGGCGCGCCGCUGGCAAACGGCAACGGUGCCGGGCGGGGCGGCGCUGCGCGGGGGGCGGGCGCGGCGGCGACUGCUGCAGACUCCGCCCGCCGCUUCCCCUUCAACCUGGGCAUGCUGGUGGCCAGCAUGGCUGGAGGAGCCAAGCAGCCGCAGCAGCAGGCGCCCCGCGGCGCCAACGGCAGCAGCAACGGCGCGGGCGGCGCCAACGGCAACGGCCGCGCCGCCCUCAACGGCGCCGCCGCAGGCGGCGCCGCCGCGGCCCUGAGCAGCGGCGAGGGGGUGCUGGGGGAGGGAGCCAUCGACCCGCAGGUGCUCAGCCGGCGCAUCAACUGGCUGAAGAGCAUCCGGGAGUGGCAGUCGGAGUUUGUGGGCACGCUCACGGCCUCUGAGUUUGUGGAGUGCGUCACCGACGACCUCCUGGGCCAGUCGGUGUUUGUCUUCACGCCCUCGGGGGAGGUGGUGCGCCUGCCCAAGGGCGCCACCGUCAUCGACUUUGCCUACCACAUACACACAGAGAUGGGCAACACGAUGGUGGCGGCCAAGGUCAACGGCAAGGUGGUGUCUGCGGACCGGGAGCUGCAGAACGCGGGGCCUACAGCGGCAGCGCGGACCCUGAGGCCGGCCUGUUUGUGAUGGAGUACGAGCUGGAGGGCCGCCCCUCCUCGCUGCACUCGCUGUGCGAGGAGCUGAGCUGCAUAGAGAGCGUGGCGUCCUGGGCCACGGGCUGCGCGCUGCCCGAGCAGCAGCGGCGGAUGCGCAUCUAGCC